GUUACCGCUUGUAGUUGAAUUAUCGUUAAGCAUACAGCUGUUUUUGCCGCAUCACGCAAAACACUGUCAAACGCAUACAUUCACAAGCAUAUAGUGCAUUCACAUAGUGCUAAGCAUUCACAUAGUGCCAAUGAAGCCCACGGUGUUAGCAUCCCGGCGGACAAUUUUGCUAGUGUCCAUUUCGCGAUAUGAAAAAUUUCUAGAGGAUUUCGUUGCUGAACGGGACCAAAUAGAGGUAGAAACCCGACUUAGGAAGUUUGAACGAUUAUGCCAAGAUCUUGAAGAUAUCCAGCAAGGGUUGGAAGAUUCCGCUUCCACUGCCGAAGAAAUAUCGCAAAAUGCGGCUUUGAGGGAGAAUUUCGAAAGUAGAACAAUACAGGUGCAAUCGAAAUUGCAGGCGCAUUUACGGUUAGUGCAAACAUCUUAUGCCCAAACGACCACCGGAUCGAAUCCGCUCAAGGGUAUUAAGCUUCCCACCAUUGCACUGCCUGAAUUCAGUGGAGAUUAUAUGCAAUGGUUGACAUUCCGCGAUACGUUUGAGUGCCUCAUACAUGCAAACGGUGACUUACCGGCGAUACAAAAAUUCCACUAUUUGCGCGCCGCUGUGAAAGGAGAGGCGGCUCAAGUGAUAGAGUCAAUCACCAUAAGCGCGGCUAAUUAUGAUUUAGCGUGGAACACAUUAACUGAGCGAUACUCCAAUGAAUAUCUGCUUAAAAAACGCCAUUUACAAGCCAUGUUUGCCAUUCCUGCUGCACAGAAGGAAAGCGUAGCAUCACUGCACCAUCUUGUAGAUGAAUUUGAGCGACACAAAAAGAUAUUGCAGCAUUUAGGAGAAGAAACGGGCACUUGGGGUAGCAUUCUCGAACAUCUACUUUGUACUAAGCUGCCCAUAAUUACAUUACGCGAUUGGGAGGAACACGCAUCGAGUGAUACUAACCCGAAGUACGACGGUUUAAUUUCGUUCCUACAUCGUCGUAUGCGUGUAUUGGAGACUUUACUAGUAAACAACCGUCAGACGUCGCAGGACAAUGACCCGAGGAACUCACGGCGAAUAAACUUUCCUCGUCAUGCCAGUUUUGCUGCUACAUCGCAUGAUGCGCAAAAAUGUAAGUUAUGUAAUUCUGCGCACCAUCUUGUAAAAUGCCCGCGUUUCGAAGGGAUGGAACCGAAGGAGCGUCGUCGAUUUGCCAUGACCGCGCAUUUGUGUUUGAAUUGUCUGCGGGAAAAUCACAUGGCUCGUGAUUGCCCAUCACAGUACAAAUGUCGUUACUGUAAUGCUACACACCACACUAAAUUGCACUUCACACACACUAAUACAAGUUACACCUCACCACCACACCAGACACCCGAUGCCACUAGCGAUCCCACGGCCAUAAACAACACACAACGCACGUUUGCGGCAGCACUACAGCAAGCAUCCAAGCAGGUCUUGCUCCAAACUGCGUUAAUACAUAUAAUUGAUGAGUUCGGAAUCGCUCAUCCUGCGCGAGCUCUCUUGGACAGCGCAUCUCAGCCUAAUCUAAUUAGCGAUCGGCUCGCUCACCGACUGCGGCUGAAGAAACGAGAGGUGAACGUUACUAUCGUUGGAGCAGGCCAAUCUGCAAAAACCAGAUCCAGAAUUAUUCACAUCCCCGUCAGUGGAGACACGUCCCCGGCUCAUCAAAUCCUGCCGACCUGGUGUCUCGAGGGAUAUCAGCAGCUGAAAUGCUAA